AUGAAUUGGGUUUUGAAUGGAGAAGGUAAGGAUUCCGAGUUCAAGGCAAUCAAUAUGGGUCAUCGCAAGGAUCGGAAAGGUAAUCCUAGCAACCGUGGCGGUGCAGCUGGAGGAGUGGCAAAUCGACUGAAUACCCUAGCAGUGAAGGCAGAGUCCGCCAUUGGAGAUCAACUUCUGCCAGUGACCGAAACUGAGUUUGUUGCAGGGCGUCAUCCUUGCAACUGCCAAGCUCGAAUUCAUGCCCUCGUCAGGAACUGUAUGGGUUGUGGAAAGAUAGUAUGUGUUCAGGAAGGUAGUGGACCAUGUUUUUUCUGCGGUACUCUUGUCUGCACCAAAGAGGAAAAAGAGGUGAUUGUCAAGCACAAUUGGUGUAUUAUCUUGGAUCGCGGUUCCCGAAAAAGCGCCGAACUUUACUCCCAGUUGAUGGGAACAAUGAAAGGAAAGAACAGUAACUUCAAGGAGUUAUCUCUAUCAACUGUUGGAGCUGAAUUCCAAAAGGCCACACAGUUCCGGAACAAACUUCUGGCUGCCGAUGCUGACUCGUAA